UUUUCUGAGUGUGUUUCAAGCUUCUCUGUCCUCUCUUCUUUUUGUAACAUUCAUCUCUCUCUCUCUCUCUCUCUCUCUCUCUCUGAAUCUGACUUCAAAACAAAACCCAUGAAGAAGAUCAAUCUGAUUCUCAGAAAAUGCAGGAGCCUGUCAACGAAGAUAGCAAGAUCUUCCUCAUACAGCAGCCUGAGGUCCAAAUCUGCUAAAGAAGACACGUGGGGAAGAAAAUCAGAAGUAGGAGGAGGUGGAGGAGAAGGACAAGAAUGUGAGACUAUAUAUGUUGGAAGCACAAGGAAAAGGUAUGUGAUAAGCUCCAAGUACUUGAAUCAUCCUCUUAUGAACGCUCUAAUGGACAAGUCCAAGAGUACAGAGGAGGGAAGCCAUGGGAGAGGAAUAAUGGUGGUGAACUGUGAGGUGGUUCUGUUUGAUCAUUUGUUGUGGAUGCUUGAACAUGCAGAUCCUAAGCUUAUUGGGUCUGAGUCAUUGGAGGAACUGGCUGAGCUCUAUGUGUUUUGAAGAAGAAGCAGAAGAAGAAAAUCCUACCGUAAUGAUUUUAGGCUGUAUCUGCAUCUUGCAAGUUCUGUAUUAAUGGCUAAGCCUCUUUCUGUUUUUUUUUUUUUUAGUUUUAGUUUUCUUAUUUUUGUUAUUAUUACUGUUAUAAAUACAAUAACUUCAUCCAUUAAGAAGUUCAACACAGCUGAUCUCUGUUCUAACUUUCAAAAGCUUGACGAAUUCCAUCAAAUUGAUCUA